AUGCCUCUCACAGCAAGGCAACGGAGUAUUCAUAACAAAAAUGGAGCAAAAAGAUCGGCUAGUAUGACUAAAGGGAAGCGGUCUAGAAAAUCUAGUGAAGGAGAGUACCUUGUGACAAACGCUCCAACAGACUUGCGUAGUAUAUCCUACCCUGGUGGAAUGGUUGCACUAGGUCUAUUGCUAACAGCUCGACUUAUAUCUGCAUACUGGGGACAUAUAGCAGAUUGUGAUGAAACCUAUAACUAUUGGGAGCCUUUGCAUUAUUUAGUCUAUGGAAGUGGGUUACAAACAUGGGAAUACAGUCCAGAAUAUUCAAUAAGAUCAUACAUGCCACUAUGGAUGUUUGCAGUUCCAGCUAAAAUACUGUCAUUCAUAAUGACACCUGUUUCUGUAUUUUAUACACUGAGAGCAUUGCUAGCUUCAUUGACUGCCUGUUCUGAACUUAUGUUUUAUAAAGCGUAUGCAUGUUUGGAGUAUUUGAGUUUAUUUGUCAGGAGCCUGCUGGCGUUUUUUCAUCAUCAGCAGUUAUUUGCUUCUGCUUGGAGCUCAGUCUUGUGUUGGCCAUUCACUGCCCUCAUCGGAGUACCAAUUGCAAUAGACAUGCUUUACUUCAAAAAUAAAUUCUAUGAAUUCUUCAAGUGGUCUCUAAUAUCUUUGAUAGUGAUUCUCGUACCAACUGUCAUUAUUGACUCAUGGCAUUAUGGAAGACUAGUUGUGGCUCCUUGGAAUAUUGUUGCAUAUAACAUUUUUACUGAACACGGACCAGAUUUAUAUGGAGUUGAACCAUGGACUUAUUACUUUGUGAAUGGAUUCCUUAAUUUUAAUGUUGUUUGGGUCCUAGCUUUAUCGUGCCCACUUCUGCUGUUAGCGUGUCGUGCUGUUGCUACGCGUUCGAUUGCACCGCCGGCCUUUUGUAUUCCCUAUUGGCUUAGUCUGAUGCCAUUGGCCUUAUGGCUUGGUGUUUUUAUGCUGCAGCCGCACAAGGAAGAGAGAUUCCUGUACCCAGUAUACAGUAUGAUAAUUCUAGCCGGCGCAAUUUCACUCGACUGUAUCCAGAAAAUGACGUUCGCGGUAGGGACAGAGCUAUUCCGAUGGCGCAAGGAGCGAGAGAGAUGCCACUAUCUCUCUUACACCGGCCAUCUUGCGGUUAUGUGUGUGAUGCUCUUCAGUAGUAUCAGUAUUUCCCGUAUAGCAGCGCUAUACAACAAUUACCACGGCCCAAUGGUGCUGUUGCGGCAUCUACCGGCUGAACCGAAAGUGGUGUGUUUUGGCAAAGAAUGGUACCGAUCGCCCUCCAGUUUUCACCUCCCACCGGGCGCUAGUAUACGUUUCGUGGCCAGCGAGUUUGAUGGACAGCUUCCCGCGCCUUUUAGUCACUUACAUAAUGCUACCCGCAUAAUCCACCCACAUUUUAACGACCUAAACAAAGGUGACAAUUCGACCUACCUUCCGCCUUCCAAGUGCCACUACCUAAUCGACUCAGACAUAGGCCGACCAACGCACCUUCAACCGUUUUACCACACAGAUACAAAAUCGUGGAACAUUAUUGCUUCUGUGCCUAUUUUGGACGCGUCAAAGUCAAAUAAAAUCUUCAGAGCGUUUUAUGUACCGGGCAUUUCGUAUAAACACGUUGUGUAUGCAAAUUUGUAUUUGUUGAAAAAUGUUUUAAUUAAUUAA